CGCCCUGCAUGUGGGGGCGUUAAAUGCCCCCCGUCCUGGUGGCGCAGCGCAGUCGCCGCCCGCCCCCCCUUCGCCGACCAUGGGCGGCCGGAAAGUCUGUAUCGUGGGCUCCGGGAACUGGGGCUCAGCCAUCGCCAAGAUCGUGGGCAGCAAUGCGGCCAAGCUGGAGCAGUUUGACACCACAGUGAACAUGUGGGUAUUUGAGGAGGAGGUGAGUGGGAAGAAGCUCACCGAAAUCAUCAACAUGCAACAUGAGAACGUCAAAUACUUGCCAGGGCACAAGCUGCCACCUAAUGUGGUGGCGGUGCCAGACCUGCUGAAGGCCUCAGCUGGGGCAGACAUCCUCAUCUUUGUGGUGCCCCACCAGUUCAUCGGCAAACUCUGUGAACAGCUCAAAGACCAUGUGAAGAAGGAGACCAUCGGGGUAUCGCUCAUCAAGGGCGUGGAUGAGGGCCCAGAGGGGCUGAAGCUGAUCUCGCACGUUAUCCAUGAAUGGCUGGGCAUCGAGAUGAGCGUCCUGAUGGGGGCCAACAUUGCCAACGAAGUGGCAGAGGAGAAGUUCUGCGAAACGACCAUUGGCUGCAAGAACCUGGAGCAUGGGCAAAUCCUGAAGGAGCUGAUGCAGACGCGCAACUUCCGGAUCACCGUGGUACCGGAGGCUGACACCGUGGAGAUCUGCGGGGCCCUCAAGAACGUCGUAGCUGUAGGGGCUGGUUUCUGUGAUGGCCUGAGCUUUGGGGACAACACCAAGGCAGCUGUGAUUCGCCUCGGGCUGAUGGAGAUGAUCACCUUUGCCAAGCUCUUCUGCAAAGGCCCUGUCACCUCGGCCACCUUCCUGGAGAGCUGUGGGAUUGCCGACCUUAUCACCACCUGCUAUGGUGGCAGGAACCGCAGGGUGGCCGAGGCCUUUGCCAGGACCGGGAAGUCCAUUGAGCAGUUGGAGAAGGAGAUGCUGAAUGGUCAGAAGCUGCAGGGUCCCCAGACGGCCGCCGAGCUGAACCACAUCCUCAAACAGAAGAACCUGGUGGAGAAGUUCCCCCUCUUCACUGCUGUGUAUCAGAUCUGCUACGAGGACAAACCUGUUGCUGAAUUCAUCAAGUGCCUCCAGAACCAUCCUGCCCACAUGUAACUGGGCCCCAUCCGCUGAGAUGAGGAGAGAGCCACUGGUGCAGCAUGAGCCUUCAUGUACAGAGAAACUGGAUCCUCCACGAGCCAUGGCAGACCAUGGGUAAGGGAGGUCCCUUCCAUGGCCCUGGGGCUGGCUAGCCCUCAGCCUGUUGAUGCUUUCUUGAUUCUAUAUGGAAGCACCAAAUUAAACUCCCUCCUUCUCUGGGGUGUCUAAAAUUUGCUGGUCCCCAGGAUAUCCUCCUUGGGGAGGACAUGGCAUCAGUGAUGCAGCUGGUCCUGUUCAUGUGUGGCUCUUCUGGGCUUCCUUUGUGAGUUGUCUGUAGAUGAAGCAUGUGGAGGUUGCUUUGGCUGUGAGGACAGUCUACUUUUGCGCGCUGCAUCCCUGACAGGGGACUGCCUGGCAGGGCAAACGUCCUUUGUUGUCUGCUGCAGUGGUAGUUUACUAUUUUUUUUUUUAGCUUACCCUCCCCGUGGCGAGGGACUGAGAACAUGUGCGGACACCUGCCAGAUUUUAUGUGUCCACAGCCAAACUCUUCAUGAUUUUAAAAGGGGUCAAUGAUCCCCAUUUUUAUAAUCAGCCCCAGGGCGUAGGGAGCACCCGCACAUGAAACCCUGCUCCCCAAAGUCUCUUCCAGUGCCUUGGUUCCAGCCCGCCCUGACUGGCACAGUGCCAGGACCCCAUCAAACUGGUGAGGGUGAUGUCUUAUUUUUGUGCCAGGGUAACUCCACAGGUGUCAAAAGGCAGCUUCCCAGGGCUGUGUCCACUGCAGAUUGUUAGAUGCAGCCAAAGGAAGUUCUUUGGCCUUUUACUCUGCAGCUCAAAGCAAACCCCAUUGGAUACACAGAUUCCUGAAUCCUCUCCUGUCCCCUGUGACUGUUGGGCCACUCUGCCUCGCAGCUCCCUGUUGUGGCCCAUGUAACUUUUCCUCCCUUCUGAGCUUUGUGCUGCUCCUGUCUGGCUAUUGCAACCCAGGGACUCAUGUCCCUGAGUCAGAACUGCAGCGGGCUCCCCUACCUGGGUGGGUUGCUGGCUGUGAACCUUGUUAGCAUUGCACCUUCCUGAGCAAUUGGGCCAAGCUGCUUUUAAUCAAGAAAUGGGCUGGACCUGGGCAGCCUCCUGGUCCCCAAAGCAUCUGGAUUCUGUGCCUCAGGCCUGUCUCUGCUUUUACUUGUGUGCCUUGGAGGCUGCACCCUUCCUGGUGUUCCUCUCGCUCGUGCCUGUGGGCUCUUGCCAGGCCCAGCUGGGGAGGCUGAAACUGUCCACUAUAAUAGGGGCCAACUGAGCUGCAUUUCCCUGGAGUAACCCCUGACCUGGAGGCUGUGGGAGGGGAGACAUUCACCAGCACAAAGGGGACUUGGGGUCCCUGUUGACUUUCAGUGGGCAUCAGGCACCUGGCUACCCUAUGUGCCUUUGAAAAUGGCCCCUCAGUAGCAAACCUGUUACAUGCCUGUCUGAACCCUGUCACAAAGCCGGAUAAUUCCUUGCUACAUCUUCACAAGGUUGUGGCCGCCCAAUGCCCCAGGCUGGGCUCAUGGGUGUGAGUGAGCAAAAUGCUCUCCCGCCUCCCCCCAGCGCCGGACUUGCCUGGUGUCUCUGGGUGGCUGAACAUGAAAGUACUUCGAUUGUGAAUGUUUAAUUAAAAUAAUAUAUGGACGGGGGGAAAAACCUCAGCCCCCAGUU